AACUACGAUUGAUAUGUCAGUUAGCUCUUCACUUUUCAUUUGAACAGUGUGAAACACCCUUUUCUAAGCCUACAAUGAGUUUGCUUAAAGUUGCCGUUUUCGCCGCACUAGCCCUGUGCGCUAGCGCCGAGCCUAAACCAAACCCGGGAGUCCUUGCUGCUCCGGUUGCCCCUGUGGCAUACUCAGCCCCAUUGAUCCAAGCUCCAGUCUACGCUGCCCGUUACGCCUCUCCCUAUGCUCAAUACGCCUACAAUGCCCCGGUUGCUGCUGCGUACGCGGCUCCAGUUGCUGCGGCCUACAGCGCUCCUGUCGUUGCCCGUUACGCCGCUGCACCAGUAGUGGCCGCUCGUGCUGCUCCUCUGGUUGCUGCCCCAGCUGCUCCGUUCGUUGCUGCUGCUCCUGCUCCAGUUAUCGCUGCCCGUGCUGCCCCUCUGGUUGCCGCUGCUCCAGCUGCUGUUGCUGCCCCAGUUGUUGCUGCUCGUGCCGCUCCGGUCGUUGCUGCCCCAGUCCAGGCUGAGUUCACCGAUGCUUACCCACAGUACCAGUACGCUUACAACGUGCAGGAUACGCUGACCGGUGACUCUAAGACCCAGGAGGAGACCCGCGAUGGUGAUAUCGUCAAGGGAUCGUACUCGCUGAUUGAACCCGACGGCAGCCGUCGUAUUGUCAACUACUACGCCGACCCAAUCAACGGAUUCAACGCUGUGGUGCAGAAGGAUGUCCCGGUUGCCGUUGCCACUCCGGCCGUUGCCGUCGCUGCCAAGACUGUUGUUGCUCCAGCCGUUGCCGUCUAAGCCGCUUCUGGUUGUAGUUUCUGUUGUUAAUGGAUCAUAAUGCUGUGUAAAUAGGACCGACUCCCGAGUGUAAAUAGUCAUUAGGACCCCAGUACCACCAUCUGCUGUGCAACUUUAAGCAAUCAUCCAUUUGUAUAUAAAUUCCACUGUUAAAAAAAAUCAUUGAUGCUAAAAGACAUGCACUUUGUACAGAAAAAAGAUUGUUAUGAACAAAAAUAUAAAAAAUGCAACGCUUAUUUUAUAAAA